ACCGACGGUACCUGAACAAAAUGUGUUUUUAGUAGGACCACUGAUUUCUAAAAAGGCACUCCGUCCGGUUAUUUGAUAUAAACUUAAUAUCUGGAAAUUUCUUCCACAUAUAUUGAAAACAUAAAUAACAUGGAUGGUCAAUUAUUGUCAACAGAUAAUGAUAAGAUCGUUCUGCCGGAAGGAUUGCAAUUCAAGUACUCAUCCAUUAAUAUGCCUGGACCUGCACUAGAAUCCCAUCCAAAUGAAAUCAUCUUUGAUGGUUGCGUGUGCCUCCAGGCAUCAUGUCCACCAGACUGUCCAUGCAUACAGCGAUUCGGGGCAAACUACAACACCAAAGGGCAAUUUCUUAAAGGCCCUGGCAUCAGCCAGUCACAGCCGAUCUUCGAAUGCAACAGCAGCUGCCGUUGCGGACAAGAAUGCGUCAACAGGGUUGUGCAGAACGGCGUCAAACACAAGCUUGAGGUGUUUCAAUCCAACGCUGGGAAAGGUUACGGAGUAAGAGUUUCAGAGACGAUACAAAAGGAUUGUUUCAUUUGCGAGUACGCCGGGGAGAUUUUAACGUUAAAGGAAGCAAAGAGACGAACUCUGGCGAUGACUGCAGAUGAUAUGAACUUCAUUAUGAUCGUCCGGGAAUGUCUCGCCGACGGGAAGGUCAUAAGGACUCAUAUCGAUCCGUCAGCGACCGGGAAUAUCGGACGGUUUAUCAAUCACUCUUGCGAGCCGAAUCUUUAUCAAAUUGUGGUACGCGUCGAUAACGAUAUACCAAAGGUUGCUCUUUUUACGAGGAGGCCGAUUGAGGUUGACGAGGAAUUGACGUAUAGUUAUUGGGGCGACCAGCAACCGACGAGUCUCCUCGAUGGGAGGACUUCUGAUGAUGGGAAGAUGAAACCGUGUCUCUGUGGGAGCGAUAAAUGUCUUGGGUUCUUGCCGUUUAAUGAGAGUUUGUACGAGACGGAGUCAAAGUAGGACAAGUAUUUGCAAGGGGGCCUACAUUAGAGUGCCUCUUACCAAAGAGCAAGGAACUCUAUAAAAGCUUUCACCGGGGUGGGGGAGGGAUGGGGGUUGGUGGAGAGUGUCAUUUGCAUUGUUUUAAAAUCCAAUGAGCCAGGCCCAAUUUCAUAGCGCUGCUUAAUGGUAAGCAAAUUUUCGUGCUUACCGUGCAAGCGUAAUUCACAUGUUAGCAGAAAAAAUGGGCAGUCAUAUUGUGCGUUUACCAUUGAUUUGCAUUAUGACGUCAUUUGUUUUUGUGCGGUAAGCACCGGAAGGUUAGCAUGCCUUUUCUGUGCUUAC